AAAAGAAACUCAACAAACAAACAAUCAAAUAUGGAUACAUUCAACCAAUUCGUGGAGUCCGAAUUUGGAGCAACCGAGGAACAUGGAAUUCGUGCAAAUAACAACAUUGACGAUUCUUGUUCUGCGAAUGAGGCCCAUCAAGAACGGCACGGAAGAGAGUCGUCAAAACGUUUUCCUGACCAUCCCGCGGCAAGAAACGAAAAUGAAGUCUUUGAUUGUGAUUGCGGGGCGAAUGGGGACAAUGGUGGAUUGGGAGGAACUAGUUGCGUUGAGGGUAAGUAUUGCAAAAUGUGUUCAUUUCAAUUGUGUUUAAAUAUGUAUCUCGUUUGUAAAAAAAAAUAAGGAACAUUUUGUUAAUUUAAAAUAAAAUGUCAUUCUAGAAUAUUUGGGAAACGAGGCUUCUGAGGUUCAGGAACAUAAUGCAGUUGGGGGUCAGUUUUGUAAUAUAGCAGGGAAAUUUGGCAAUCCGAAAAGGGAUUUCAGAGAUUGGCAGCAGAGUUUGAACAAUUUUCAAUUAGAAGGCUAUAGAACUGCCGAUGCCUUAGUGGACGGCUCUAAUAACAUUGACUUGGAAUUUAGCUCCGGAUUCGAUACGGAUGAAGAACCAGGGGUUAUUAGUUUUAGACAAUCUCAAUAUUGGAAGCACAUAGUAAGUUCGCGAAGAAGGUUGUAUAACCACUAUAAAGAGAUAAAAAGAAUCCGCAUCGCAUAUGAGGCAUACGAGGAUAAUGAUUUCAAGGGACUGAAACUAGAAAAUGUUGAUCAGCAAAGCAACAAUGUUGAGCGUGAUGGUUCCUUCAUGAAUUCCGAACACGAUUCCGAGUCUGAAUAUGAAUCGGCUAUUGAUAUCUCUGAAGACAAUGCUAACGAUUCUUGCUCCCAAUUCGAGACAUUUCGAACAUGUGAACGAACCACCAGCAAUGCAGAUGAUGAUUGCUUGGAAUUGGUGUACAAUUCGCAUUUUCCUAAUGAUCUGCUGGAAUUAGAGAGCCGAACAUACAACCAACACUUGGAAGUCCAAAGCAACAGUGUUGGACAUGAUAAUUCCUCCAUGGAAUUAUCAGAGUCGGAAUACGAAUCGGCAAUCGACGUUCCGGAAGAUUAUGUCAAUAAUUGUUGCUGCCAAUCCGAGACCUAUAGGAUAGGUGACCAAACCACCAAAACGUAUAAUGAUGAGUUGCAAUUGGAUAACAAUGGAGAUGUCCCAAUGAAAUCAAUAUAUCAAAUUACUUCAUAUGAGGAUUUAGACAAUUGUUCUAUCUUUGAAUAUAAAAAUUAUGCGCUGGAAGAUUUUUACAGUGAUCUUUUGGAAUUAGAGAGUUUUAGACAAAGAUGGUACCAUCACAUCAAUGAACAAAGCAAUAGCAUUGGAUAUGAUGAUUCUUCCGUGGAAUACGAAUCCGAAACCGAACUAGCAAACGACAUAAAUACAAAUGGUGCUAAUAAUUGUUGUUCCCAGUUCGAGACAUAUCGCAAAUGUGAUAUGUCUCGAACAUUAGCUUAUGAUGAAGAUGUUCCAAUGUUACCGGAAUCGGAAUUCGGAAAUAUUUCAUGUGAGAAUAUGGAAAAUCUGUCCCUCUUUCAAAUCGAAAAUUAUUCGCCAGAAGAUUUUCGCACUGAUCUUUUAGAAUUCGAAAACUCUGGGCGGCAAAGAUUGUACCGAUACUUUGAAGACAAAACAAGUUUCUCUGGACAAGAUGAUUCAGAACCAGAGAAAGAUUUUCCAGAAAAUUUAGCUAGCUGCUCUCAAUUUGAAACAUUUCGAAAAUAUGACCAAACCAGUACUAGUUAUGAUGCCAUCGUAUCAGCAUCUAUGAAUGCUUCCAAUAUUGACCACAAAAUGCAUUAUUAUAGCGAUGUCACAGACAAUGGUGAUGAUACCAUGCAAUCGGAAUCAGAUUCCAACAAUGAUAGCCGUCUUGAAUGUGAUUAUGAUGGCGAUAUUGAAGAAAGUGAUGAUGAAGACAACUUCUGAAUUGUGCGUAGAAAAACUAUAGGAAGGAUCUAAUGUAGAAAGUUUUUGCAAUUUUGACAUUUUGGGACUUUUGGCAAUAGGAUUACAAACUUGCGAGGAAUUGAGGUAUGGGUAGGGGUAAUAGAAAUGUUUCUUCAUAUCACUCGGAAGUUAAGAGGCCGAUUUUAGAAAUCUUGGCCCCAGCCAGAAUCAAGUUAGGAAGCUUGGUAAGAGAAAUGAAUAAUUAGAAAUACUUAGCCGAGGUAUAGCCUGAGCAGGGGGAGUAAUGGUCUUUUUAGUGAACUUGAAUCUGAGACAGAGCACAGUAAAUAACAAAAGAAAGUUGGCGACUGUUGAAUCUUAAAUUUAAUAAGCAUACCGUGAGUGACAUGACAAGGGGAGAUCCAUUCUUUGUAUUGUAUUUUUUUGCUUUUAAACAUAAAACUAUUUUUACAAAACACGUUUUAUUUUGUUGUUACCUUCUUUUUGUUAAUUUAAUUGUGUGUUUUAUUUGUAUUUAUGUUCACUCAUUUCCAUUUUUUUUUUCUCUCUUAAAUUGACUCUUACGACCGCACCUACAAAUGAAAAUACUCUUAAGAUAUAAGAUAAGAUGUACCUUUUUGACAAAUACUACCGACGAGUUUGGGUGGUUCCAAAUGAAAUCGCGAUCUGGGAAACCAGUCAAAUGCUUUACAAAGCAAAAAAGCCCGGUAGGCGUUAGCUGUGAGCACCACACAGGCUGGAACAUUGAGCUCCCAUCUGUUUGGUGUUCAUUGCUGUCACGAGAAGCUAAGCUGCGCGUCCACAGGUUGUGGAUAGUGGAAUGCUCCACGGCAGUCACGGAAACUCAGCGGUAUAGAGCGGAGAGUCUCAGUGAGAGACCGGGCGGCACCGGCUCUUGUACAAAUAUUGAGUGUCUAUGAUCCUCGAUAUGACAAGGCGGGUUAUUGGCGCCUUUAUAUAACCAACCAAUCAAUAAAAAGUAUCUAUAGGAAAUUUAAUGCGGAUAGCCUCACUCGUUUAAACGCUAUCGUCAUUUCGUCUGCCUGCUGAAUGGACCGAAUAAUAUAUACACUUUGUGGGUUCAAAGAUAAAUUUUUCGAGGUGUUACAAACGAAAUGGCGAGCUUUGCAACUUCUGAAUUGUGCGUAGAAAAACUAUAGGAAGGAUCUGAUGUAGAAAGUUUUUGCAAUUUUGACUUUUGGGAAGUUCAGCAAUAGGAUUACAAACUUGCGAGGAAUUGAGGUAUGAGUAGGGGUAAUAGAAAUGUUCCUUCACAUCACUCGGAAUUUAAGAGGCCGAUUUUAGAAAUCUUGGCCCCAGUCAGAAUCAAGUUAGGAAGCUUGGUAAAAGAAAUGAAUAUUUAGAAAUAUUUA